AACUCAAAGUUGGAUAAAUAUUGCAAAUGCAGAAAUGGAUUCUGUAACAAAUUGUCCUCGGAAAUAUGUUGAUUGCUCUCUGACAAAUGUAACAGGUUUCUGAAAGCUGUUGUUUUGAGCUCGAUAUCAGAACCUCAGAGAAAACGACUGAGAAGAUGGACGGUGGGGAAUAUUUAACGUCAAUGGACAUGGAUCCGACGUUGUCAGAACUCGGAGAAGAGUUUACUCUGGGUGACAUCGAUGAAAUGCUCCAGUUUGUCAGCAACCAAGCAGAUGACUUCCCUGACCUCUUUGAAGACCAAAUCGCCCCAGGCUCCAUCCAAAACAGUGAAAUGGGAGCCCUCCAGCAAACCUCCCAGAUUCCCCAGACACCCCAAACUUCCGGUUCUGCGGUAUUCCAGACAAGCCCCUCUGCACCCACUCCCCAGUCUCUCCCCCUCACUCCCCCUGAAACCCCUGUCCAGGUGUCCCCCACACAGACCCAGCUCCGCACCCCUCCCCUGCUCCAGCCGAAGCCCCAGCCGGUCCCGCAGAUCCAGGCGCAGCACGCUCAGGCUGUUCCGGUUCAGACGCAAGCCCUGGCCGUUCAGCCUCAGGCCCUGCUGAGUCAUGCGCAGACUCAGAGCCUCCCGGUGCAAGCGCAGGCCCAGGGGGUGGUGUUCACUCCUGGCCUCACCAGCGGUCCCCAGUCCCGCUUCAUUCAGAACCCGGUCAUCUGCCACCAGAGCCCCACACCUGGCUUCCAGGUCCUCCAACCACAGGUUCACAGUAUUGUGACAUCACCCCAAGUCCAGCAAAUGGCAUUUCAGCAUCAGCAUGUCUUGACACCAUCUGGCCAGGCAAUCCAGACUGUGACGACAGCGCAGCCUGCAGUGCAGACUAUGUCACAGCAAGUGCAGCAGGUUCCUGUACUGGUCCAUCAGCCCCAGAUAAUAAAGACAGACUCCCUGGUACUAACUACCCUGAAACCCGACGGGACACAGGUUCUGUCCAGCAUGCAGAACCCAGCUGGUAUCACCACCCUGACCACACCCAUCCAGACCACUGCCCUGCAAGUGCCAACUCUAAUGGGUGGCAACAUUCUAACCACUGUCCCAGUGGUGGUGGGGGGCGGAGAUAAGGUGCCAAUCAAGCAGGUGUCUCCUGGAACGUGUCAGAAUGGGAGUGUGGUGCGGAUGGGGCAGGACCCAGGCGUUGGGCUUGGGAUGGGACCAGGCGUGGUGAUGAAGGAAGGCGAGCGCAGGUCCACCCACAAUAUCAUCGAGAAGAGAUACCGCUCGUCUAUCAACGACAAGAUCAUCGAACUGAGGGACCUGGUUGUGGGCAAUGAUGCCAAGAUGCAUAAGUCAGGGGUGUUGCGGAAGGCCAUCGACUACAUUAAGUACCUGCAGCAGGUCAACCAUAAACUGCGACAGGAAAACCUGGCUCUCAAGGUGGCCGUCCAGAAACGCACAAAAUCCGUUUGCCUGUCUGAGGAGGUGGAGGUGAAGCCCGACGGUGCAGUGCUGUCCCCUCCCGCCUCCGAAUUGGACUCAAGCUCCCCUCACCAGCUGUCCCCAUUCUGCGUGGACUCUGAGCCAGGCAGCCCUCUGCUGGAGCCCGAGCAGGUGAAAAAUGAGCCAGACUCUCCUGCCUCUCUGGGAGUGAUGGACCGCUCUCGGCUCCUCCUCUGCGCCCUCACCUUCCUCUGCCUCUCCCUGAACCCCCUCCCCUCACUCCUGGAGUCCAAGGCCCAGGGUGGGCGUGGGUUGGACUCAGCAGGGGACGGCCAUGGUCCGUCUAGGAUCAUGCUGGGCCUUCCCAAUCAAACCCAGAACUUUGCUCGCUGGCUGUGGUACCUGUUGCCCUGGGUGAGCGUGUGGGUUCUGAGCUGUGUAGGGGCGGUGUGGGGCUGCGUCAGGGUGCUGUACCUCUGGGAGCCCGUCACCCCUCUCCACUCCCCCAAAUCCAUCUGCUUCUGGAGACACCGCAAGCAAGCGGACCUGCAGCUGCACAGGGGUGACUAUGCAGCUGCAGCAGCCAGCCUACAGACCUGCCUGUCUGACCUGUCCAGGGGCCUCCCCAGCACCUCUCUUGACCUUGCCUGCUCCCUCUCCUGGAAUCUGAUUCGUUACUGCCUGUACUGGCCCGCCCCUCUGCGCUGGCUUGUCCGCCAGAUUGGCGGGAGGCAUGAAGGGGAGGAGUCCCAGACCAGUUCCCGUGAUGCCUCUCUGGUCUAUCACAAACUCAGCCAGCUACAGCUCACAGGGCAUGUGCCCCAGCAUGGGAGUCUGUGGGGUCUGUCUCUGUCCCUCAGCGCAGUGAACCUGAGUGAGAGCGCCCGUGGGAAGAUGUCCUCGGCCCAGCGGUUCGAGAUCUAUGUCACCGCAGCCAUCGCGCUCAGGACUGUGCUGAGUCACCGCCUCUCCUUCCUGCCUGGUUAUCUGCUGAGCUGCGCAGAGAGUGUGGCCUUUCCAUCGGAUGCCAGACCCCUCCCUGAUUGGCUGCACUGGCUCUUCACACCCUUGGGAAGGCAGUUCUUCCUGAGCUGUGAUUGGUCCGUUAAGUUCAGUAGCCGAGAGGGAGUGUACACUUCGCACAGAGACCAAGCCGACCCCGUCGCCCAGCUGCACCGGUGUUUCUGCGAGAAGCUGCUGGAGAGAGCUGUGCACACCCUCAUCCAGCCCGUCUCCAGCACGGACGCAGCCAGGGGCCGGGACGGUGGCGGGGAGUUCUCAGAUGCCAUGGAGUUCCUCCAGCUGUUGAGCACCAGCACAGAAGAGUCGCCCUCCCUCUCCCCUCCUUUCCCUCCCCCGCCCAAUCACAGCACUGCACCAGCUGGAGACCCUGUGUGCCGGUGGUGGGUGUUGGUCCUGAAGGCAGCUGUCCAUUGGCUGCAGGGUGAUGAUGCAGCGGUGAGGUCACUGCUGGCCGAGGCUGAGCGCGUGCCCAAAGCGCUCCACACACUCAACCACCCCUUGCCCAAAGCCGUGCUGCAGCUUUGCAAAGCGGUUCAGCUGAGCCUGUCCCCGCAGAAGGAUGAGGGGGCCCUGGGCUGCCUGUCCCACUGCGACCGGGCCAGCAGCCACCUGCGCGCCAGCAUCUCCAUGACCCACACUCAGGCUGGGAACUGGCUUAACAAGGGCGUGGAGCUCCUGGUGUGUGAUCUCUUGCUAACCUUGAGGACCAGUGUUUGGCAGUGGGGAGGUGGCAGCUGUGGUGAGCCAGGCCCUGCCUCCAGCUCCCAGCUGGCUGGCUUUCAGAGGGACCUCAGCUCACUGCGCAAAAUGGGACAAUGCUACAAGCAAGCUCAACAUAAGAUGUUCCUGCAUGAGACGACAGUGCGGCUGAUGGCAGGGGCCAGCCCCACCCGCACUCACCAGCUACUGGAUCACAGCCUGAGGCGCCGGAGUCAGCACCCCACUGAAACCACAGAGGGGGACUGCGUGCUCGGGGAGCGGGAGAGGGCCCACGCCAUCCUGCUGGCCUGCCGCCACCUGCCCCUGCCCCUGCUCACCCCGCCGGGCCACCGGGCCCACCUGCUGGCGGAGGCCAAGCGGACGCUGGAGCGCGUGGGCGACCGGCGCUCGGUGCAGGACUGCCAGCGGAUCCUGCUGAGGCUGAGCGGGGGCACCACCAUCGCCGCGUCCUGAAGUCCCGCACGCGGACCUGCGUACCCGCUGCACCGGACCCGGGAGAGCAGAUCCACCCACUGUGUGCAUGCAGAGGGGGCCGACACGUGUAGAUAUAUACACUUAUGCAGUGCAGGCAUGUACACAUAUACUCUCCAUGCGGUCGGGGCCGAAGUGUACAGUCAGUAUUUGCAGUGCGUGCAUGCAUACAUAUACUCACCAUGCAGUAAGUGGCAGAUGACCUGAAGUUUGCUGGCCCUCUUGUGUGUGGGAAUGGACCACUGUUGUUACCCUUCUCAGACUCACGCCCUUACACUGUAGGUCGGUGUCACCGGUCAUAACACCCAACUGUUUGCGUGUCUGUCAGGGAUGAAUCUGGAAAAUUAACAGAGAGAGGACCUGUAACGGCAAGUAGGAAAAAAAUUAGAAUUUACAGUACAAUCUCUGUUAAGGAUCGCCAAAGUGUACAGUAUCAAAUUACAAUAUCAUUUUACAGUUCUGUCUGCAAUAUUGUAAAUACAGUUGAAUUGACUUUGUUAGAGCUAGACGUACUAAACAUUUUGACCACAAACAGUGAAGCGUGUUCUGUUAUAUGUGUGUGUGUGAAUACAGAGUUAUGUAUGUGAUUGUAAAUAAUUGUAUGUAACAAUUUUGUUGAGGAGCUGUGAGGUCUUUUUGAGAAUUGUGCAGGAAAUGUAUGCAAUGUGUGGUGUGAGAGAGAGAGAGAAAGGUUAAAUAACUUGCUGUAUCCCUUUAAAGCAGCUAUUUUUGUUGGCU